AACUGCACAAUAUCCUGCGUGUGUGAGAGAGCUUUGAAUGUAACAAAGGGAAGCGGGACAGGGGCCCGGGGUGCGCAGCGUCCCCUUUAAGGCCGUUUUGGAAUAAUUAAUGACGUCGCGCUGUAAACACGACUGACGCUCAGCUGCGUGGCCGAAGCAUCCUCCGACCAAGAGCCCAAGACCUCUGUGUUUAUUUCACGACGGGACUACUGGGAGGCAUUGAAACAGCUGGGGUUCACCUCGUCUCUCAUAUGCAGUCUCCAAAACCAAGACGACGGUGCUGCAUCUGUCCUGCUAAGUGCCAUGGCUAGAAAAACGGACAUCCCCACCUCUUACUAUGGUGAACCUCGCAAGUUUGACCCAAACUUCAGAGGGCCUGUUCAGAACAGGAGCUGCACUGAUGUGGUUUGCUGUGUUAUCUUUGUCAUUGUCAUCCUUGGAUACAUCGCUCUGGGUACUGUGGCCUGGAUUCACGGUGACCCCAGGAAGGUCGUCUAUCCAACAGACAGCCGCGGUCAGUUCUGUGGCCAGCAGAACACCCCCAAUGCAAACAAAGCCAUAUUAUUCUACUUCAACAUGCUGAAAUGUGCCAAUCCUGCAGUUUUAAUUAACCUCCAGUGCCCUACAACCCAGCUCUGCGUCUCGAAGUGCCCUGACAGAUUUGCCACUCUCCUGGAUGCAAUGAAUACCAAAAACUGGGAAUAUUACAAGCAAUUCUGCAAGCCAGGCUUCGAGAUUGGCAGUAAGUCAGUCAGAGAAGUCAUACGAGAUGAAGACUGCCCGUCUAUGAUUGUGCCAAGCAGACCUUUCCUUCAGCGGUGCUUCCCUGAUUUCAUUAGAAGAAAUGGGAUUUUAACUGUAGCCAAUCAGACCAUCUUCAAAGACGGUGAAAAUAACAAGAGAAGUGUCGACGAUCUCAAAGAUGCUGCCAAGGAUGCCGACUCUGCACCCAGAGAGAUCUGGACAGAAAUAACAGGAGGUAUCGCCAGUCUGCUGAAUGCCAAAGAAGUCGGCAUGAAGAUCUUCGAAGAUUAUGCAAACUCCUGGAUCUGGAUCCUCGUAGGUCUGGUGAUAACCAUGGUGGUCAGUCUGCUCUUCAUCUUGCUGCUGCGCUACACUGCUGGUGUGCUACUGUGGCUCGUCAUCUUUGGUGUCAUCGUUGCAGUGGGAUACGGCAUUUGGCACUGUUACUGGGAAUACAGCAACCUGAGCAGGAAGCCAGGCUCCAAUGUCACCAUCACUGACCUUGGCUUCCACACAGACUUCAGCAUUUAUCUUCAGCAAAGCCAGACGUGGCUCAUCUUCAUGAUCUUGCUCUCUGUGACUGAAGCCGUCAUUGUGAUAAUGCUGAUAUUUCUGAGGUCAAGGCUGCGCAUCGCUAUUGCAUUACUGAAGGAGGGAAGCAAGGCAAUCGGCUACAUCAUGUCCACCCUCUUCUACCCUGUCAUCACCUUUUUCCUUCUGGCCAUCUGCAUCGCUUAUUGGGCUGUCACAGCAGUCUUCUUAGCAUCAUCGGGUAACGCAGUCUACAAGGUCACACCUGCUGAUGAUAAAUGCAUGUAUGCAAACCUCACAUGCAAUCCACAGACCUUCAGUAAGACCAACAUUACCAAGGUGUGCCCCGGGUCACAGUGUAUGUUCGCCUUCUACGGUGGGGAGAGUCUGUACCAUCGCUACAUCUUAGUUUUCCAUCUGUGUAACCUCUUUGUGUUCCUCUGGCUGGUCAACUUUACCAUCGCCCUGGGCCAGUGCACCCUGGCCGGGGCCUUCGCUUCCUACUACUGGGCCCUGAAGAAGCCAAAAGACAUCCCUGCCUGCCCCCUCUACUCCUCCUUUAGCAGAGCUAUACGUUAUCACACAGGUUCUCUGGCCUUUGGGUCGCUAAUCCUUUCUGUGGUGCAGAUGAUCCGAAUUGUUCUCGAGUACCUGGAUCACAAACUGAAAGUUUCUCAAAAUGCCUGCGCUCGAUUCUUGCUCUGCUGCCUCAAAUGCUGCUUCUGGUGCCUGGAACAUUUUAUCAAGUUUCUAAACAGAAACGCAUUCAUUAUGAUGGCAAUAUAUGGGAAGAACUUCUGCACCUCCUCCAAGGACGCUUUCUUCCUCUUAAUGAGGAAUGUUGUUCGGGUGGCCGUCCUGGACAAGGUGACCGACUUUCUGCUGUUCUUGGGAAAACUGCUUAUUUCAGGAAGUGUUGGCAUUCUUGCAUUUUUCUUCUUCUCGCGUAAAAUACCAGUUUUUCAAGAGGAGGUGCCAUCACUAAAUUACAUUUGGGUCCCUCUAUUGACGGUGAUAUUUGGAUCCUACAUGAUCGCACAUGGCUUUUUUAACGUCUAUGCUAUGUGUGUGGACACAUUGUUCCUGUGCUUUUUGUGGGACCUGGAGGUGAACGACGGCGCUCCAGCCCGGCCCUACCGCAUGAGCAAAACGCUGAGGAAGAUCCUCCACAAGAAGAACAGAAGGAAGUAGCAGGAAGGAGAAAGAAUAAAGGUUAACACCAAAGCAUGGUACAAGCCCACGUGGCAUAUGGGAAUAAACACUUUGCCAUAUUUAAUGGAAGUGUACACAAGUUGAAGCUGUACACUAUAAGAGACAACUUGUAGCUAAGCAACAUGAAUAAUUAGAUUCACCCACACAUAGUAAUUUAUGGACUCAGUGAUAGCUAUGAAUAUUUUUAUAUGUGUCUAUGUAAAGGAAAUGUGUGUAUUUGUGUACAUUUUACUGCCACAUACUACACAACAAUGCAACAGAUUUGUUUUGUGUGCGUCCCAGCUUUGGGAUCAUGUAGUUGCCAAUUUUCACCACUUGGUGGUGCCAGUCGUUACCAGAUGACCUGUACACUGUACCUGAGUUCCUCACAUUGAGAAAAAUAUUCACCACUCAUUGCUCACUGUUUUUAUGUUUAAUUGCCAAGUACAUGAUGGCACAGCAGUUCAGAUUACUUCAGUCUCAAGUGUGUUUUGCUUUGAGUUUCUGAAUAUUGAAGUAUACGUGCUUUGGACAUCUUUAUCAACAUUCUUAAAGGGAUAUUUAACAGCAAGAGAUGUCUAACAGGUCUGGUUUAUUAGCUGUGGGGGAAGCAGAAUGACAUUAUGUGUUUGUGUGCAGCAGAAAAUGCAGAACCUCCGAAUUCUGCAUGUGUUUUGAUGAGGGCUUGUGUAUCAGUGACAAUGCACUGAAACCAGUGACAGGUAUAAAAGUGUUAAAGUGAUCAUCUUUGAAAGUUACCUCAUUAAUGUUAGAGUCCAUUCUUACUGGAUUUAAAGGCUUCCAUCACAGGACGAUGACGGCGGUCCCUUUGAAUAGACGUCACCGACGGCCUUAAGUGGUUGUGGAUUUCCAAAAUAAUCCGAGUGCCCUUGGACGCUUCCUGUAACCACGCCUACAGUUAGGGCUGUCAUGGUAUCGUGUUUUCACUGCAUGGUUAUCGUGGUCAGACUAAUCCAAAUAAAGAUAAAAAUCAUCAUCUCUGUACAGACCAUUGAAAAGCAAAUAAUGCUGUCAGUUUAAGUCGUCUUUAAUAUUGUGGUUUUUGUGUGUUUUGUUCCUAUUUUUAUGACACUAACCACCAGUCCAGGAGGUGGAAAGAGAGCCUGUACCCACAACUGUGCAAAUGGAAAUAUAAAUUAAUUGAUAGUGAAAAUACAACAGCAAAUCCACAAGGCUUAAUGUCCGAGUUUUAACUCAUUGCUGGAUUAUUUGUGAUAUAAUCAUGUGUAUUAUUGAAACAGUAUCGAUAUGUAUUUUUUAAUAUAUGAUGGCUUUUGUCGGUAAUGAUGCCUCACACAACCCCUGCUUCUCUACUGACCAUUUUUAUCUUUGAUAAGUUUAAGAAACAUAUAAUUAGGUCCCAUUAUGUGGCAAACGUGUGCAUGUAACACGACUGUGGGGCAGAACCAAACCAACAGUAGAGGAGCUGCUUUAAAGAUGCUGGAUUGGUUUUAAUAAGUCUUUUAAGUUCACACUAAGAAUAUUUGAGUCUUGUGUUAAUAACCUUAAACAAUAACAAAGUUUGUUAUUGGAGUAACAGUGUUAAGUGUUUUUGCUACUAUGUGUCCUGUUCUUGCAUGGUUGUUUGUAACACUAGUGAGUCGCUCGUGUCAAAGCUGCCGUUGGAUGGAUUUAUUAGGUUGAUGAGCCACAGAUGAAGCUGAUUCCUGUCUGGGAAGAAAAAGAUUUAGAGGAUUUUGGGAGAUCAGUUUGUGGUUUCAAAUUUCCCUCAGGCAUCGACGUUGGCGAGAGCGGCUCUGUGUGUCAGCCCUGUGAUGGACUGGCGACCUGCCCAGGGUGUGCACCACCUCCCUCACACCUUGUGUUUUACUGCCAUCAACCUUUUACUAGCUUGUGCUUUUUUCAGAGUAGAUUCACGCACCGCUUAGAAAGAUGUUCUUUAGAUCUUUCAGACGUGACUCAUGUUUGUGUCUCUGCGGCGUGCUUGUCAAAGCUGAGAACCUGCCCUCAUGGUGCCUCUGAGUGACAACACUGCCAGGCUGCCUCACACACCUCCCGCCCCUGUUUGAGCUGAGCAUGCUGGGACAUGUAACAUUCAAAAAAAAAAGGAAAAAAGAAAAACAACUCCUUGUGUAUCUGAAAGAAAGAAGAGAAAUGAUGCAUGUAGAGCACAGUGGGGCGUAUUACGCAUGCAGCAGGUUGUUUUCUUUGGUCUUUUUCUUCUUCUUUCUUUUCUCCACACAAAAUAACUACCGUACUCCCAUCGGAGUUCGAUAUCUUUUUGUGUAUGUAACUCAGGUUCAGUUUCACUCCAGGUAGUGUGACUUCGUAAGAUCUGAUAAGUGAAGUAAAAGUGUUUUUAUAUGCCUUCUCCUCC